CUGAGCCAAGAACUUUGCUAGACAAGACCGAAAGCUCAUGUCGAAACUAUGUCAGUUCUACGAAGUAACCUCAAGUCAGUUGGACGCUAGUUUCAUUUGUUGAUUUUCACCGGUCUUCAGCCUAGAAAUUGUCAUCAGAAACUGGGAAGAACUAAGUCACAGAGCUCUCUUCAAAGUACGAGAAAUACAGAAUGGCCUCGGAUAAAAUCAGAGUCAAAAGACUCUAUGCGAUUCAUUCAAGAAGUUUGAGUGAAAACGAAAAUUCUUUAUCAGCAACAUCUGAAUUCCUCCGCGUUAGAGAGAGAAGUGGUAGUGAAACGCCCACAGUCUCCCUGGUUCCAAUCAAAAAGGACAAAAACGAUGGAAAGGAAGGCAUUGAAAAGAUGGCGAGGAAGGAAAAUGACAGCUUGUUUUCAAGACUCAAGUUGCGGUCGAGACGCGUUUUCAGUGGUGACAAAAACGAAGAGGACGCUCGAAACACGCCUUGUUUGAAGGAGGACUGCACAAUGAAAAGGUCUCGAAGUGGUAGUGAUUCCAUGAUGUUUUCUGUUAUAAAGUUCAGGAAAAAUCUUACAUUUUUCAACUCGCAGGGUUACCCAAUCAAUACACCUUCGUCUGAGCCCCUUCAAAGAAAGCAUUUUAUUGAAGUAGCAACUAGCGACAAAGACAUCGAUGUCACCAAACAAGAAAAGCCUCGACAUCGUGCCGUCUCGUUUUCAAGUCAGUCGCUUUUACAGUCAGCAAUAGCUCGUGAUGACGUACUAGAGCUAAGCAGCCUAAUCGACAAUAAGGGGGACCUGGACCUGAAUGAACCGGACGAUCUGGGCAUAACCAUGAUGCACCGUGCAGCUAUCGAUGGAAGCUACCGCUGUCUGAAUUUUCUUCUCUCUCGAGGCGCAGAUGUGAAUGUCAAUGAUUUUCAAGGCUGGACUCCACUUCACGAUUCUGUCUUCCAUGGGCAUAUCCGCUGUGCAGUGAUUCUUCUCAUCUCAGGCGCGAACGUAGAGGCGGAGACGAAAGAUUUUCUGAAGCCCAUAGAAAUGGCACAGGACGAGGAAAUGAUUUUAGUGGUUGGUAGAGCUAUGGCCUUAAACAGAGUUGGACAAAAUCUAAAUUACGACAAAGAAACGCUGUACACUUGUCACAUGAUGUUAGCGUUACACAGAGCCUCUCAAGAGGGCAAUUUAAUUCUGGUGUCGAUUCUACUGGAGAGAGGAGUAAACGUAAAUGCGAAAGAUAAACAGGGACGAACUCCUCUCCACCUAGCGGCAGAGAUUGGAGACAAAUUAUUAGCAGAGCUGUUAUUUCAACGAGGAGCGGAUACGUGUUCGGUAUCCGCCAGGGGAAACAUUCCUCUCGACUGCUCGAAGAAUGAAGAAAUGACUUUAAUGCUCGCUCAGAUGAUGGCCAGAGCAGGCAAAGCUCAAAUAGCUAAAGAGAGAUUACAGUUUGAAGAAUUGUCCGAAAAGGCCCGGCAAAAAGCCGCCAAGGCAUUAGACUUGAAGACCACAAGAAAAAAGGGAUCUCCAGUGCCAUUUUCUCAGUUUUGGAAUAAGCGUUCCAUUGCAAACUUUCUUGGACUGAGAGAGAGUGAUUCAAGGCUUUCAAGCCUAUCAAACGUGUCUGACUGUAGUAGAUUUAGCGAAAGUGAGUCCGGCUUUUCUGAAAUAGACAAAUCUCCUGAGAGCACAUCAAUGGAGUCUGUCCAGACGAACGAAUCACUUUCGAGCGGCUUCGCGUCCGUGGACGAACUUUCGCCGCAAUCAUUUGAUAGGCGUGCGACUACAGCGCUCACGAAAGAAGAAUUCGUUGCCUUGAACCGUUCUCCAUUCAUGCCACGGCGCAGUCGUGCAGUAUCAGACCCGCCGCCAAAACGGGCAAUUAAACGAUCGUCAACGUGGAACAUCAGCAGUAAAAGUGAAAGCACUUUCCCGCGUUCCGCGCUAAAAAGACGGGUGGAAAAGUGUGUAACUUUCCCGGCGGACGUUCUCCUAGACAUUGCAAUCAAAAACGACGAUUUCGUCGAGACUUGCCAUUUGAUAAAAUCAAGAAAAGUUGACUUGAAUCGCGUUGGAUGCAACGGACUCACACCACUUCAUCGAGCGGCUAUCGAAGGUAGUAACGAAUGCCUUCAGCUGUUAAUAGACAUUGGAGCAAAUGUGAACGCACGAGAUGGCUCAGGAUGGACGCCACUUCACGACGCUGUUUACCACGGACAUUUCAACUGCGCGCUGGUUUUAUUGAACGCGGGUGCUGAUCCAGAAGCCGAAACGGACGAUUUUACGUCGGUGAUAGAAAUGUCAGACGACGAGAAAAUGCUUCUUGUCGUUGGAAGAGCGUUGAUUCUAGCAUUUAACAGUGGCUACCAAAAGGAACUAUCUUUAUGCGAGCAGGAAGUAUUUCAUCCUGUUUUUGAUCCAGAUAGGGAAACGUGUGUUUAGUUGUACAUGUUGUAAGAUUGCUGGUUCGAUAUUGGACUUAUAUCUUUGCAUUUACGUUUCUAUGUAAACCUCUUAAAAACUUUUAAGUAUGAAAGUCAAAGUACUCGAUCAGUCGAAAUUACUUUGAUUUGUAAA